CAAGGCCCCGCGCGGCCGCGGCCUCCCCUCAGCGCGGCGGCUCCGCGGCCGGAGUGGCGGCCAUGGCGCCUCCUGAGCGCGGCAGCAAGAUGCAGUAACACCUUUUUCCUACUUACAGAAGUUGCUAAAGUUUCUGUUUGUUUGAGGACGCUGCUGGAGACAACCUCUGUGGGCAAGUAUGGGCUGCCGGGAUGUUCAUGCGGCGACCGUGCUGGCCUUCCUCAGUGGAACAGCCUCGGUAGCUGGGCUGCUUGCAGCAGUUCUGCUUCCAAACUGGAGGCAGAUGAGACUGUACACGUACAACAAGAACGAGAGGAACGUGACGGUUUACACCGGACUCUGGAUUAAGUGCGCGCGCUUUGAUGGGAGCAGGGACUGUGUGAUCUAUGACCCGCAGUGGUACACGGCUGUGGAUCAGCUGGAUUUGCGUGUUCUUCAGUUUGCCCUUCCUCUGAGUAUGUUCACUGCUGUCUCAGCUCUGUUCCUGUGCAUGAUUGGCAUGUGUAACACGGCCUUUGUAUCCACCGUGCCAAACGUCAAGCUGGCCAAGUGCCUGGUAAACAGUGCAGGCUGCCAUCUCGUGGCCGGCCUCUUGUUCCUGCUUGCCUGUGCCAUUUGUCUCAUUCCGUCCAUCUGGGUCAUUUUUUAUAACAAUUAUCUGAACAGGAAAUACGAGCCCAUCUUCAGCUUUGACAUCUCUGUAUUUAUUGCCAUUGCCAGUGCUGGCGGUCUGUUUUUCACUUCCAUCAUGCUGUUCCUGUGGUACUGUGCAUGCAAAAGCCUCCCUUCUCCCUUCUGGCAGCCCCUGUAUUCCCACGCCCCCAGCAUGCACAGCUAUGCCUCUCAGCCCUACUCCGCACGUUCUCGCCUCUCUGCCGUAGAAAUCGACAUUCCUGUUGUGACACAUUCAUCUUAAGGAGACAAAGCCUUGGAAGCCAAGUUCUUGUGCUCAUUCAAGCCAUGAAAAUUGUAGGCUUGAUUCUCUGUGCUGCCCUGCACUGAGCAUAAUUCUUUGUAAGGUCAAGUUUCCCAAGGCACAAAGCCAUGGAGGCCUGAGUUCAGCAAGUCUGUUGCUGUUCUGGUCUGUUUGUUACUUCUUGACCACCUUUCCUUUUUUUUUUUUUUUUUUUUUUUUUUUUUUU